AUGGCCAGCCGAGGAAGCGUCGCAGCACGCUCACGUACCCAGACGCAGACCACGAGUGCCUCUCGCAAGCGUCGUCGUGACCAACCAGACUCGCCGACUACGUCGACCGCACACAGUCAAACGGCUUCGUCGUCAUCAUCCAACCUGACCAACCUGAUCGCUGGCUCCAGCUCCAGCAACACUCAGCCGCGCAAGAAGGUCAACAAAGCGACUGGAUCGAAUCCGAAGGCAACCGAUCAGGAGAAACGACGCAAGAGAUUCAGAUCCUGUUAGUCCUCCGAUAUUCUGGCUCGCCUCCAGCUGCGCCGCAGUGCCAUGAUGAACGAGGCGCGCAUCAGAUGACCUGGCUCAUUCUUCUCCGCUCAUGGGUAUGCCGGCCGCUGCUUCCAGCAUGCCCCAAGAAUAUUCAAGAUCGAGUAGCACGCGUGUGGAGCCAACGCUUCUUCUGCGUCGACAGGACGCGUACCUCGCCAACCUCGGAGAAGUUCAGCGUGCUCGGAUCGACCGGUCAGUCCGCCUAUUUUUUUCGUUAUCGAGUCCGCAGUACUCAUGCCUAUGCUCAACACCGCUUGAAAUAACAGGCAAUGGUAUGCUCAAUCUCUUCCGCUCAGAUCCCGAGCAAUGGGCUGUUGGCUGAUUGAUGUUGCCGCCCGCACAGUCUAUAUCGUGACGAUUGACUCGGAACCGGGUUGCACCUGCCCCGAUGCGCAGAAAGGCAACUUUUGCAAGCACAUUGUCAGUCUUGACCAAAUUGUCUUACUUACAAGAAGGAUCCUGCUCAGAGUCUUGCUCGCGCUUGUGCUCUAGCUUUUUGUCAUGCUCAAAGGUGGGUCCCAUACCUCGAAAAGUUUGCAUAAUGCCAGAGCUGAUUUGGGUGCUCUUCCGCGGAAACCAACCAGUCCUUCAAGUCAACCAUAGCUCCAAUCUUUGGUAUCAAGCCGCUCUCCUCCAAACUGAACUCGAGGAGAUCUUCGCCAGCGCUCGACCGACGCCUCAAGACGAACAGACCCGACGAGCGCAAGCCGCUUAUCGCAAAGUGGUCGGCAAGGAGGAGUCCGAUGCGCUCGAAGCCCCUGACUCGUCGUCCAAGAACCGCGUACCUGAAGAAGGAGAUGCCUGUCCCGUCUGCUGUGAGUUGGAAUGAGUCUCUGUGGUUGUGUUCGCUCGCCUUGCUAACAUGUUCGAGCACUCUGCAGACGAGGACUACGAAGCGGGCAAGGUUCAAGGACUCGUCUUUUGCGAAUCGUGUGGCAACGGUCUUCAUGCCGAGUGUUUCAGGUCCUGGUCGAGGCAACAAAAGUGAGAUGAUCUUAUUCUCUCUCUCUCUUCUCGUCAUUCCUCUGACCUCAGAUAACUCAUUCUUCUUCUCUGGGGCGCCAAAAGCACGUGUGUUAUGUGCCGUGCGCCUUGGGUCGACAGCUCGACAUCGGCUGCCAAAAGUGCAGGUGCUUCCGCCAGCGAGGGCUACGUCAACCUUGGACAAACAUUGGGUAUCAGCCCCGUUCGUGACACCUCAACUUGUGCGUAUGCCUGGGCGACGGCCGCGGCUUGCAACCCUAGUAUGACGCUGACUAGUACUCAGCGUACUUCAUUCUUUCACUGCAAACAGACCACCAACCUUGGCUUUAUCGAGAAGAUUUCGCUAUGAACUACCGCGGAGGUUCUAGCCGUGGUCAUCGAUGGGGUACGGGUCGCUCCAUGUACUAA